UCGCAUUAGCCAGCCGCCUGCUGCUCGCUCCCAGCCGGGUUCGCCCCGCUCCUGGAGCCGAGUUUCUUGAGGCUAGGUCCAGAGGGGGAGGCAGAUUUUGUGGAAGUAUAUUACUUUGUCAUUAUGAGAUGUCGUCUCUCGGUGCUUCCUUUGUGCAAAUCAAAUUUGAUGACUUGCAGUUUUUUGAAAACUGCGGCGGGGGGAGUUUUGGGAGCGUUUAUCGAGCCAGAUGGAUAUCACAAGACAAGGAAGUGGCUGUAAAAAAGCUGCUCAAGAUAGAGAAAGAGGCAGAAAUACUCAGUGUCCUCAGUCACAGAAACAUCAUCCAGUUUUAUGGAGUAAUUCUUGAACCUCCCAACUAUGGUAUUGUAACAGAGUAUGCUUCCCUAGGAUCAUUAUAUGAUUACAUAAACAGUAAUAGAAGUGAAGAGAUGGAUAUGGAGCAUAUUAUGACUUGGGCCACUGAUGUAGCUAAAGGAAUGCAUUAUUUACAUAUGGAGGCUCCAGUCAAGGUGAUUCACAGAGAUCUCAAAUCAAGAAAUGUUGUCAUAGCUGCUGAUGGAGUAUUAAAGAUCUGCGAUUUUGGUGCCUCACGGUUCCAUAACCAUACAACACAUAUGUCAUUGGUAGGCACUUUUCCAUGGAUGGCCCCAGAAGUUAUCCAGAGCCUUCCAGUUUCUGAAACAUGUGAUACAUAUUCAUAUGGUGUGGUUCUCUGGGAGAUGCUAACAAGGGAGGUCCCCUUUAAAGGUUUGGAAGGAUUACAAGUAGCUUGGCUUGUAGUGGAAAAAAACGAGAGAUUAACCAUUCCCAGCAGUUGCCCCAGAAGCUUUGCUGAAUUGCUGCAUCAGUGUUGGGAAGCUGAUUCAAAGAAACGUCCAUCAUUCAAGCAAAUCAUUUCAAUUCUGGAGUCCAUGUCAAAUGACACUAACCUUCCUGACCAGUGUAACUCAUUUCUGCAUAAUAAGGCAGAGUGGAGAUGUGAAAUUGAGGCAACACUUGAGAGGCUAAAGAAACUGGAGCGUGAUCUCAGCUUUAAAGAACAGGAGCUGAAGGAAAGAGAGAGACGACUAAAGAUGUGGGAGCAAAAGCUGACAGAACAGUCCAAUACUCCUCUUCUCUUGCCUCUUGCUGCAAGAAUGUCUGAGGAGUCAUACUUUGAAUCUAAGACAGAGGAAUCAAACAGUGCAGAGAUGUCAUGUCAAAUCACAGCAACAAGUAACGGGGAGGGAGAUGGCAUGAAGCAAAGUCUACAGGCCAUGAUGGUGAUGGGCUUUGGGGAUGUCUUCUCAAUGAACAAAGCAGGAGCUGUCCUGCAUUCGGGGAUGCAGAUAAACAUGCAAGCCAAGCAGAAUUCCUCCAAAACCACAUCUAAGAGGAGGGGAAAGAAAAUCAACAUGGCCCUGGGGUUCAGUGAAUUUGACAUGUCAGAAGGUGACAAUGAUGAUGACGGUGAUGAGGAUGACAUGGAUGACAGUAGUGAAUGAAAUCAGAAUCCCAGAAUUCUCUUAAGCCUGAAAGCAAAGUAAUAAAAAUUUAAAUGUUCAGGAAAAGAAAGAAAGAAAGAAAGAAAGAAAGAAAGAAAGAAAGAAAGAAAGAAAGAAAGAAAGAAAGAAAGAAAGAAAGAAAAGAAAAGAAAAGAAAAGAAAAGAAACUUGUAAUCUUGAUCUAUAUGAAAAACAGUCAAGGAGGAAAUCAAGCACUGUGGGUUGGUUGUUGUUGUUGGUUUUUUUAGGCCAGUCACAUUUACUAUGGCAGCACUCUGUUUAGACUACUACUGAUUUAUUUUUGCUUAAUGAAAUUUUGAAGGAAAAUAAGAAAAAUGUUAAGAAAAAAUAGAUGUAGCUCACAAUUCAACUGUAAUGUGGUGCCUGAUUACAGAAAUUUCUAUGGCUUUAAAAAAAAAGUACAAUUGACUUUCAUGCUGAGGACAUUUUAACAUAUUUGAAACAUGAGUGUUUUGUAUUGUAUAUUUGGCUUAAUUUUAUUUCCCUCUUACUAUGCAUAAAGAUAUUUGUAUUUCAAGCAAAUGCUCCUGGUUCCUAUUUCAACCUAAAUACUUGUUACUGCUAUUAACCUCUUCUUAAAUCAGAGCAGUAAAUUUCUUACAUAAUUAUUUUGUAUGAAAAUACGUGGUGAUGUCAGAAAUUCUUAGUUAUGACUGAAAUUUUUGACAAAAGAACUCGAGAUCAAAAAAGGUUGUUUCAAACACCUAUCUUCAGUAAUACCCAAACAAAGAACAUUUUCAACACCAAAUUGCUAUUUGUAUAGGAUCUCAUCCCAGUGUCCUAGUGCUUCUUGAAACACAGUUGCUUAAAGUAAAACCUGAGCAAUUUUAUCAAUAACAUGUUAGUGAAAGGAAGACUACUCAUCUUUGAAACUGACAGCAAAUGUUAGAGUCCUUUAUAUUUAUCUCUACAAGCCUUAGAGACUCUGCAAAGCACUUUCCUCUAAAAUUUAGCUUGUGCUUUAUGUAAAUGAACUCUCAUACCUUAUGCAUUAGAAAAAAGGCUCCUAUUGAUAGGGGGCACCCCCUCCCAGUCUUUUGGGCCCUAAACAUGGCCCUACUCUCAAUGGUCAGUAGAGAUGGAAUGGUAAUUCUGGAUCCUGAAUCUAUUUUUCAGAAGAACUUAACCAUUGUGAAAUAAAAUUCAAAAGAAAAAUGACCAUAAUUAUUUAAAGGGAAUAGCACUGAUUCUGUAUCUGAGUAGCUCUCCAUCAUAACCUAAUCACUAAUUUAGUUCUCAUUCGCUUCCCCAGAAUCAUCUGUAUGCUAUGCCUCUUUCUGUAUUGACUCAGAGAUGCCAGUGCUUAUACAGAGUAGCUGAUAGUUAUUUCUCUAGUGGCUGCUUGAGAAACCUGGAAAAGUUAAGAUGUUUUCUAAAUGAAAUAAUGUCAGCAAUUUGUUUUCAGACUAAAUUAUGAGGCAAUAUUUUUCCUUAAAACUAAAUCCCAUAAAAAUGACUUUAGUGGCAUUUUUCCCCUUAAGAAAACCUAAAGAAAGACCAUCACAGAGAUUAUUAAUUAUAUGUGUAUCCAUUGCCAUUUCUAAUCACAUUAGCUGAUCCAAAGCCUUCUAGGGUUUGAAAAUGUCUAUUCACCUAUAAGCCUUUAGAAAGUUUUUUUUUUUUUUUUACUACUAUAAAGAGAUAUGUAUAAGUUGUGCCAGCUUCCCCAUUUGGAGUAAAUAUUAAGAUUUUUUUGCAAGUGAUAUGUGAAGCAAUUCAUCAUACCAGUGGAGCUAAAAACUGAAAGAGUGACCUUGAUAAGUUUUCUCUUUUAGAAGUCAGUUUGAGUACUUUUUGCUCCUGUAGUCACUGGGAGCGUGAAGCUAAAGGAAGAUAGCUUCCAAAAAGAGAAAAAUAGUAUAAUGCUAGGAACAUAAACAGGUGAAUUCUCUUGUACCCUGAGAGCUAUUACAGAGCAUUAGUGUCCACUGGUCAAAUUCUCCUGGACUGAGCUGUUUACAGUUAGCAAGACACUUUUGGAAUACCAAUGUCUUAAGUAUGCAUUAGAAUGUGUGCUAAGUCAAUAUAAAGAAGGAUUAGGUUCAUGAUGACCCCUGUUGACUGACCUUUGCAUUAGAGACUGGUUUGUGAAAUGCUACAGAAAAGAUAAUACUCCUCUCACUCUUCCCACAUGGGUAGCGCCUAGUGACUAAAGUACUCAUGUCCUCUAUUGUUCUCGUGAGGGUCUGAUGCUUUCUAAAAUCUUAGGUAGAACUAUUAGUGAAGCAGUAGACAAAAGAAGAGAGAUGAAGGAAAGACUUUCUUGCUAGGAUCCCAAAAAAGGAGAGAGAAGAGUGCUUCAAAACCUUCCUCUUGCAUAAGCAAAGACAAAUUUGUCUAUGCCUGCUACUCCUUACCUCUAGGAACUUCAUAUAUUGAAAAACAAAAACAGUAACAACAAAACCCUUACCUUUUGACCAACAAAUUAAAACAUACAAAUUAAUGGGAAAAUGGGAUUUUUUUUCCUUUUAAUAUGGAAAUUAAUUGGAAGAUUUUUGUGUUACACAUCAGAACCCAAAGAGUCAAGGACUGCAGUAUUAUGUGCUUUAGUUUUGCUACUAAAACCUAGCUGCUUUUCUUAACUUAUGUUUCUUUGUCAAAUUCUCCAUCAGUGUAGGAUUAGCAAUAGCCGACCAUGAUCAAACCAACCUAUACUAUAAAAGACCCAACACCAUAGAGGAGGAGAGUGUGUAUUCUUCUCUUCCUGGAGUUGCAUGAAUUCCUUCCUAAUAUCCAGGGAACACUUAGUAAUUUCACUGCUUUGAAGCAAUCUAUCACCUUCAUUUGUCCAGAAAAGUCCAGGCAUCCCUAAAAGUCAACCACUAUAUUCAUAAUUAGCAGAAAAAGGCAAAAGAGACUCUCAAUUUAGAGAUGAAGAAAUGGAGAACAAGGAAAGGCAAAGUGACUUAUUUUCUCUAGGUCAUACAACAAAUUCGAUUCAAUUCAACAAUUAUUAAAUAUUGUGUGUGUGUGUGUGUGUGUGUGUGAAAUAGAAUCCAUUUCUAACUUCUAUAGUUAUUUACUACAUGUGCUGGAUAAUGCACAUUUCUAAUAAACUUCAUUUAGGUCAGGGCUAGUUGAUAGUAAUUUUGAAUGGAAUCAUAUUUCAACACAAUUGGUGAAAAGUAAGACAUUGAUCAUGGUUAAACCUGAAUUUUGAAAACUUCCUGCUACCACAUCAUCAUUUCCUAUGAGAAUUAUCCUUUAUCCAGCAUCAUUUGAUAGAAUUUAGGAAACCACAGAUUCUUCUUUGAACUUUUAAAGAAAACACUUUUUUAAAUUAGUCACAAAGGUUUUAAUCUACUUUUAUUCAGUUUCCACUCAAUUGUAGAAUAUCUCCCCCAAAACCUAACAUGCUAGUGUAGAUUUUAUCUCACAACUUUUAAUUCAUUAAAAAUAAGUACAAUUUUUUAGUAAGGACAGUUUGGGAAAUACUGAAAAUUUUCAAUAUUAAAAUGAGAAUUGGAUCUCUACAUUUUUAUAAUAAUUGUUAGUACCAGACAUCUAAAUUUUAAUAUUUUGACUUAAUUAAUAAGGUUAUUCAAGUAGACACUGACAGCUUUACAUUCAUAUUAGGUGUCCACAGCUCUUCUCCUUCAGGAGUAAUAAAUCAUAUUGCCAAAGUCAGAGCAUGCAUUUUCAAAAUAAUAGCUACUACAUGUACACUCAGCCAGAAUUAAGACUAUCCAUAGCCUUUAUCUUCUCAGCACCAAGAAUAACAGGGGUAGAAUUAGUUUCCAAGGAGAAAUGAGCUAUUGAGAUAAUUAAGAAGGACAAAAUCUAACUGGUUCAUUCUCAAUUAUACUGACUCCUCAGUUCUCAGAGAGAAAAUUCAAGUAAGUAGCUUUGUUAUAUGAUUUUAGCUUUCCCUUUACUCAUUUUUUUAAACAGAAAUGUCUUAUUUUAUACCAACACCAAAGUAAGGGACUCAUUUCAAAUUGUGGGAUCAGUGAUGAUAAAGACCUUGGUUUUUUCAGACUUUAUCAAACAGUUUAAUUAGUCACAGUGCAAGUGGCAGUUAGUCACAUUUUAAAUGGACAUGUUUACGGUUAAAGGAAGUAGGAUAAAAUAAAUCAUUGCUGUUGUGUAUUACCUGUGUGAACUGUAGCAAGUAGUUAAACUCCUGUGAGUUCAAUUUCAUUUUCUCUAAAAUAAGAGGAUUGCCCUAAGUGAUUUUUGAGAUCAUUCCCAGAUAAAUUUAUGAUUCUUAUAAUCCUUUAGUCAGUUUAGAUAUUUUGGAAUUAGACUUCAUUAGGUUCAGGGAACUUAAUAGUCAGGUCAACCCAUCAACAAACAUUUAUUAAGCACUUAGUAUGUAUGUACCAGGCAGUGUGUUAAGCACUGGGGUACAAAGAAAGAUAAAAACAUGUAAGACUCAGAACAGAACUCCAUAGUAAAGCUACAGACUUGGCUGUAUCUUUUUUUCUUUUCUUUAACUCAAAGAAGUAAAGAAUUUAUGAGUGAUAAUAAAAAAAAUCAGUUAUUCCAAAUUAAAUAUUAUUACACUAGCCAUAGUUUGCCACAUGUCAGAAUAAAACCAUACUACACAAAUACUACUAAGGUGUUACUAGCCAACUCAACUUCACCUACAUAUUUUGUUCAUUUUCUUUCUGUAAUCAAGCACCUUUUUACAGGUUUUGCAAAAGACCUCUUUUCUAAGAUAGCAUUUAAAUAUUGUCUCAGAGACAAUCUAUUCUAUUCUUUGCCUUUUAAUGUAGCUUGAUGGGCACACUCGCAGCAUUUUCUACAAUGAAAAAUUAGCUACUACCAGGAAAAUCUGGAGGACAAAACAUUUCAUUUUCUCCCCCAGACUUCAACUUAGCGUGCGCAUUCUAAUGCCUGUGUGGAGCUUUCUGGUGUGGGAAUAUUAACUUCAGAUUUAGUUUCAAGCACCUAUAUUAAAUAUUUUAUAUUGUGUGCUGAAUGUUAUAAUACCUUUUUAAUGUCAGAUACAGUACACUGCAUUUAUUGCUUUUGCACUCUUGAAAAAGUUUUGUACUAAAUAAUAGAAAAUGAUACUAUUUAUACUCUUUAAGUGUGGUCAGAUGAGCUUUCAAUCACAGUGGUUUUUUAAAAAAUAUUUUUUUUCUCUCAUUCUGUUGGGAUAUUAUUCUGAGCAAGGCCGGUGCCAGAAUUUUGUAUAAGAAUCUGUAUGGAGCAUGAAAUUAUAGUUUUGUGUGGUGAGACUUUUCCGUCAUUGUCUUACUUCCUAGUAGGAACUUAAUAUUCCAAUACAAAGCCAGCAAUGUAUUCAGUAAUCUCAAUGGUGUCAUACAUUUCAUUUUGAUGUGAACUUUUUCCUUUGCUUUCCUUUGUUCUAAAACUCUAUUUUGCAAUAAACAUUUUGACAGUAAA